AUGGCAAAAGGACUGAGAUCAAAGGUUAAAAGAAGAUUUAGAACAAUAAAAAGAGUUCAUGUAAAUGAAGUUAUAGAAAAGCCUAAUCUAAAGAAAUUAAAUAACAAAAUAAAAUUGAUGCUAAAUAAUAAAAAUAUAUAUGAAGAUUUAAUUAAACCACCAAAUAAAUUUUUGUAUCCAGAGGAUGAGAGAGCUGUAAUACCACAACAUAAAGUUACAAAAAAAAUUGAUUUUCGGUCUGAAGCAUUACCAUUAUCCGGUUUAGUAACCGUAGGAAAUAGAAGAAAAUACAGCUUAAAUGAAAAAAUUGAAUUAAAAAAUGAAAUGGGAAACAAUCCUAAUUUUUAUGAUAAUAUAGAAGUUAGUAAAAUUAUUGAUGAUAUGCACAAGAGAUCAAGAGAAGUAAUGAAAAAAAUUAAUAAAAAAGAAGAUAAAAAUGAAAAAAGAGAUUUUUAG